AUGUGCCUGGUUGGCGCGACCGAAUCCCACUAUGGGGCCACGACUUUUAUGUUCGUAGUGGAGAACGACCGCAUGUGCCGUGAGUCCGCGGUCUCCGUCGGCGAUGGUGGGCGUGUCUCAGCGAAGGCGAUGCAGAGACCCGUCCCAGCAGCAGUUAUCCAACGGCGUACCAGGCAGAGCCUCGUCUCGACGAUGCCGGCGCAGUGUUUCAUCCGACCAUCCAUCCAGCGGAGUCCGCGAUACGCUGUGCACUCGGCACAAGUGCACAGCGCCCUCACCUGGUUUAGCCCGCCGGUCGAGACGGUUGCCCUGGGUGUGGCCGCUGAGCAGAGCCCAGCUACGUGGAGCCACAGGUGAGAGUUGGGUGCCAGCAAAUGGACGCUAGGUGUAGUCUCACCUGCAAGCAAGUGAGCGACCACUACGACCAUCACGUGAACUCACCGCUGGACACCCCUACACCCCGGCAGGAAUUCACAUAUGUAUUGAACUGUCUCCGUGAGCGGAACGUUUGUGAAGAGUGAUGAGACAUCAAGUGAAAACAUCAUCGUACCGCUUAAAUUUGGUUCUUUAACGUCCUCGAUAAAUUCGAAGAUGUCCCAUUAGCUAUGUGCUGCCAGUUGAUGCUGUAGAGGCUUGAGUUCCCCUGCUAACCACUUCGCUAUCGUAGGACGGGGAGAGUUACACAUGCCAAGAUCGGACGGACUGGUAGGCCGGCCAUGUGGAUCUUCGGUAGACCAUACAAUCGAGGGAUGUGUGUGCCUACUGCGCAAACGUUUUCGAGUUCGCGAUCGCUUAUUAAGUCUUUUUCAUGGAAUCUGCACAAGCAGUCCGUCAGUUUUGCUUCUACAUCGUCUGUGGAAUCAUUCUCUUUGUCGGCUUUCCUGAAUUUCUUCCGAUAUGACAAUAUGGACUAUACUUUCGCCAAAUAAUCCGACCUCUUGAUCAUAACCGCGCCUGUUCCAUUAUCCGGUAUAGUUACCAAAAUAUCUCUGUUCUCUCUCGACUGCUUUAAAUGCUGUAUGUGAAUUUUUGUCAGCAGUCCCCGAAAUUUUGUGUUGGACAUUGUCUGUAGAAGUGGGUUUUGGAUCGUACGUCUGGCUCCGGAGAUUCUCGAACUGUGUUUCUAAGUUUAUCUGAUCGACUUUUCGACGAGGUAUACAGAAAUUAGGACCUGUUAGUUAGAAAUCCAACGCCUCUAACGACUGGGCAACGGGUCCGUUGUCCUGUCGGUUUCGACCAACAGGUCGCGAGUUCGAGCCCCAGGUGUUUUACACUUCGGGGUUAGGUAUGACUGGCUGACGACGGCUAAUAAGCCCGAAAUAGCCAUUCCAGUCUCUCUUGUCUUUGUCGGUAAUCAGAUUCUACCUAGAACCCAUAAUGCAGAAACCAAAAGCCAUGUCUGAACCAGUUGAUAAUACCCUGCCAGCACCAGCCCCCCUGGCCCCCUCAUGGCCCCGCCUCAUGAGGGGGCUAUGGCGGGGCCAGAGGGGGCUAUGAGGGGGCUGGAGAGGGGGCUAUGGCGGGGCAAAUCCCCGAUGUGGCCCCUUCUGGCCCCCUCAUGGACAAAAAAAAUGCGCAGGGGGACGCCUUAUAGUUAUCGUUUUUUGCCCCCACCCAUGGCCAUAUUCGACUGUCUGACCGUAAUGCCGAUCCAUUAACGUCUAAUUACUCGCGUUAUAAUCCUGAUCACCCUUUUCCUAGACAGAUUUUCCCCGGUAUCUGUCCUAUUUUAUUCCUUUGUUACCUUCUAGCGAACCCCAUUUCGCCAAAUAUGUCAUGUUUCAUUCCGGCUCGCCUUCCCAAAGCCAAUAUCUCCCGCGACCGUUAGCGGACCUGCACGCGUGAUUGCAAACCCCCCAACGAACCAUAUCCAUCAGCACACUUGAACGGCAGCAAAAGGACAGUUCGUAACAUACCACAGUAACGUAUGUACGUACACCAACGUAGACGGUAUUAGAACUCACAACGAGAGGAACGCAGCUCACGUGAGAGAUAAGUCCCGCAAAGUGACACACUUAAACAAUUAAGAGCUUCAUAUCAGGAUUGCCAAGAUAUGUAAAAAGCACAACUUCCGAGGUCCUAAAGUACUUUUUACUAUUCAAAAAACAAUUUUAAACCGAAAAAUGCACGCCUAUUCACGGACUAAUGCCUGUUAGUAGUGCAGUACCGACGAGAAAACUACGAGGGGGCUGGCCCCCUCAUAGCCCCUUCUUGGCCCCAUUUCAAGAGGGGGCCAAGUGCUGGCAGGGUACAUAUUCCAUCAUCAAGAAACAUCACUUGAGUAUUCCUCAUCCUAACCUUAACUGCGCAUUUCGGGGAGUCAGCGUGAAGAGCGUUACCAUUACCUCGUCUUUUGCGACUCUAAUGCCUUUUAAUGUGUACAGGAACUGUUUUAAAUCUUUAAUGGAGGUCUCAGAGUACCUCUUUGGCGGACGAUGUUAGUAAAACAGUCCAUUUAAAAUCUUGUAAUUCAGCGCAUCGCUUAUGAAAACUAUUAAUCGCUGUGUCCAUAUAUAUUGGGAAGAGUUGGUUCAUCCUGCUUCAGAAAUUAUGCAACAAUUCCUGCGAUUAACCGACUGCAUCUAAAGCGCUUUAUCGUCUUCUUCAUGCAUGAUGUUUGGAAUGUUUUGGGGUAGACAGUCAAUGGUUCGUACGUUAGACCAUCUUUAAACGGUGAUAACGCCUCUGUGUAAUCUGUUUUCUUCAGAAUGGUAGUGGAACUUCCUUUGUCAGCGGGCAGAAUGUUGAUGGUUUUGUCCUUUGUAGUGAAUUUAUCGUUUCUUCUCACCGCACCAUACUGUUAGAACUUGUUUCUGUUCAUCAAGACUCGCACACUGCUAUCACGUAUUGUGAACUGUUCCUCCUCCGAAGGGAGAUAUGCUUGUUUGGUGACUGUUACUUCUUUCAGAAAUGGUAAUCUAUUUUUGUCUAAACUGUUCCACAUUUUAGUUGUUCAAGAUCUGAAACGCAUCACGGUCUCGUGUAGAUCCUUAAAUACGCGAAUAAGAAAUUGGUCAUUCCAAGAUUGUAUAUGGUGUUCUUUAUUCUCUUUUAAUUUACAAGGUCGGUAAUGCGCAUCAAUCAUGAAUGCCCCAAACUUCUGCUAGCUAUUACAAAUCGCGGUUUGAUAGCCUUGGGUUGACUUUAUUACUGGCUUCACUUGCACAGACUUCAGUAAAUAAGGAUUCCUUGGUCUGUAACGCAUCACGGACCUGACUGAGUUUAAGUGGAUUGAAGUCACUUUUCGCGGGGUUCCAGGCUGAGAAUGGUGUAACUGCAUGCCAACGAAGAUGGUCAGUACCCUUUUCCUUCCUACCGCUGACAUCUUUCCCACCAUUUUUCAUCGCCCGCAUUCUCUCUACCGUCAGCAAACUUCUAAGACCUUUUCCUGCAGUUUCCCCAGCGCUACACUUCCCAAUCGGCAGUCUAUCGGUCUUAUCGGGACCAGUUUCCACUCCAGGCGGAUCAGUAGUAUACGUAGUGCCAUUAUACCUGGUAUUGCUGCAUACCUUCUUGAGGAUUUGAUCGAUGUGUCACUCGUGACAUAAAUUUUACAUGCCUUAAACUCUUUUCUUACUAUAUUCACACAUUUAGGUUUGACGUGAUGCUUAAUAACUCCGUUCAGCACUUCCAUGGCCAGAAAAAUCUCCCGAGGGCUUCAUAAAACCCAGUGUAUGUGUGUGUCGACCUCAGCGUCAUCGACCGCGACACGGCAUUGGUGCCUAUGGCUGGCCGAAGUCUGCGCCAAUAUGCGUAUACUGCAUCGCAUCACUCCGUCAGGAUUGGCUGCAUUCGUUCCGAUUGCCCUUGAGAGUUUUACAUGUAGCAUCUGAAUCAGCAAGUCCGUUGAUGCAUGCCUAGUCUGAGUAAAUGGCCUCUAGGGAUUUGUGGUCCUUCUUUCUUUAUCAGGUAUCAAGAGGGCGAGUUUCCUCUCAUGCGAAUAUAUUCAUAGCCACCUGGGGUAGAUGGUCUCGUCUCCUCACCAAUGACUAAUGCUCAUACAUAGGGGUCGAUGCAGAUUUCUCAGUUUGGGCACAAUAGGAUGCACCAUUACUAACGCAUGGGAUUUUGCAGACAACGUUUCUGCGGAAGUACCCAAAGCCAUCUGUAAGGUCUACACCCCCUUUGCGUAAAGAAGUUGUAGGUUUGUACGCUAUUCCGCGUGGUUCGCAGUGAAUACCGACGAGUUCAAAGGUCGAACUUGUAGUCGGUCGGUAACAGUCGGGGGGUCGCCCUGGAGACUUCUUUGACGUAUGGAGUGGUAGCCUGGACUUCGGCUUGCUGCUGUCUUGACCGUAGUUUGUUCGCUCAGUGUUUGAUUUGUUCGAUACAAUGACUUGCCUAUCCAUUAGCUCAGAAGGGAUUGCGGAACUACAGUCCUCUGGUUCCUUUCUCUGGCAGUACGCUGCAGUGGGUUUCAAUUCCUUGGAGCAGAGUUCGUAUACAGAUACAUCUGUAAGAUAGAGGGUGGCUUCUGUUGAAUUAUAGUAUUUGCCUUGUGCUGAAUAUGGUUUGCAAUUUCUCAAUUCCGAACCUGCGCACAAUGACAUCGAGGAGGGAAAGCCGGUUGCUUGUUUCGUCCUCCAUCAGGAAUUGGAUUUUCGAGUCAAGUGUGUUUGGUAAUUCUUUUGGAUACCCAAAAUGCGUUGUUUAGACAAAGAGGAAGAUCCCCAAAUAACGCACGGGAUGUCUUGUGGAUCCGUUAAUGACUUAUUUUUCCAAGUUCUUCCUUUCUGGCAUCAUAUCCUAGCACGCGACCGUCCCUCCACUACCAGUUAAUGUACGUUUCGCGAUAGUGCUUCAGUCCAAAACAACGAAUGUUUAUCCAGAAAACAAAACGCCAGUUUUGAUGCAGAAGAUUCCUGACUAGGUAAACGGCAGGCCUAGCAUGCACACUCAGAAGUUUCAGCUUCUGCACAUACACGUCAGUACUUGAACAGCGACCUGCGCACGAUUGACACCCUUCAGUCAUUCAAACUCAGUGCAUGGAGAGAUGGUGUCUCUGACUGAAGUAUAUGCACAAAUUCUGACGCCACGAGUUUCAGUCCUCUUUAACUGUGGUUUCCUUUGAAACCCAGUUCAUUUAUUUGAGUCCCAAUAUGGAGAGAAGAAGCGAGGGCCCGCUGGAACAGAUUUCUAUGGGUACUGACGGUUUGGUGAGUUUGGUGGGUUCUCUGGCGUCAAAGUGCUUAACGAAAAAAUCGAGCAGAAAUCUAGAUGACCUGCCGCGCUAGUUGAUCUUGGGAUUAUUGAUUGUCUCCUUCCUAUUUUUCUGCCUCGGCAAAGCAUGUUCGUUUCUUAAAGGUCAAACUGCAGUCAAUUUUCUCGUAUGCGUUGCAGGUUAGUAGUGGGAGUCUAGCAUCCAUGUUACGAAUCUCUGUUCAUCUAUACACGCGUUUUUUGCCAUUAAGUCGCUGACCAUGUUUGUUGCCGUCGGAUUUUUCGUGUUCUUACACCUCCACUCAUCGUAACUUUGACAUUUCUGCGCAAAAUUUCCUUCUGAAUUGUUGGGGAGAGUCGUGUGGCUUAUUCCGUCGAUAUUUUCAGACCCGUUUAUGCAGCGCAGUGAACAAUGUCACUCUGGCAGCCUGAAAUAUUUGUUUCUUUUUAGACAAUUCAAUGCUAAGCUAUCCGAAAAGUAGGUCAGCUCUGGUCGCCCGUGGGCUGGCCCACUUCAAAGUGAAUGUCAUAGCCCUUUGUGAGACGUGCUUCUCUGAGCACGGAGAGCUGAAGGAGUUUGAUGCCAGAUACACCUCCGGCUUGAGUGGAUGUCCAAGUGCAGAGGGUGGAAAAGCCAGAAUCGCCUUCGUCACCGCGAACGACGUUGUGAGACGACUACCCCGCCAGCCGCAGGGCUUCAUUUAUCGUCUCGUGACCAUGAGGCUGUUACUCCGCGGGAACAUGUUCGCCAGCGCGUCAGCACUUACGUCUCUCCCCCUAGUGACCAGCUCCAGUGGCAUGAAGAAUAAGAUCUACGAAGACCUGCUCGCCCUCCUUGAGAUGGCGUCUUUGGUGACCCCAAUUCCUUCGUCGGCAAAACCCACGUUGCCUGGGUGUGAGUGCUAGUCGCUGCGGGAUUUUUGGAUGCAAGAGAAAUGGUCCUUUUUUCCUGCAGAUCUGCGCGAAACACGACUUCCACCUGACCGAAGUCUUGUUCGGUCUUUCUGUGCGGGAGAGGGUGCCAAAGAUGCAUCCUCGCUUGCCUCAUUGGCAUCUGUUGAACUAUGUCUUACUUCGGUGGCAUCAUCAGCGCGGCGUGCUCGGGCCUAAGACGAUGUGCGAUGCCGGACGCUGGACGGAUCACUGCCUUGUCAUUUCCAAGAUGAGGUUCAAACUGCGACAGCGCAGGCGACCAUAAGGUAAGCUACAGGAGCUUGAAACCGUGAGUAAUGCAAUCCCGGAGGCGCAAACCAAUGUCGAAACCCAGUGGAGGGAUCUGCGGGAUACUAUUCAGGCCUCCCAAAGCGGAGGCACUUGGCCGCAAACGCCGUCAGCACCAGGAAUGGUUAGAUGAUACUGACAGAGAGAUCUGCUCUCUCCAUCCCCCCCCCCCUGAGAAACAGUCUGCACACGAGCUACACUACCAACCGCAACAACGCGAAUAAAGCCGCAUACAUCUGACGUCGGCGGCUAGCAGACCAUAGGCUAAGAGAGAUGCAGAACUGGACUGCUCGCAAAGCUGAGGAGACCCAGGGAGAUGCCGACCGUUUGUAGAUGAAUAACAUUUUUGUGGCCAUCAAGGCAGUCUAAGGUCCACAAGCCAAGGAAACUGUGCCACUGAUGAGCCAAGAUGAAGUAACCCUUCUGACGGAAAUAUCACAAAUCCUGGGGCGUUGGGCUGAGCACUUCCAGAGCGUCCGCAACCUCGCGUCCGCAAUAUACAAAAAAGCUAUUAACCGACUGCUUAAAGUGAACAUCAAAGACACCCCGAGCGUCCGCCUUCCCACUUUGAGACAAUCAGAGCGGAGGAACCGCUAUCGAAGGAAAAAGCGCCGACAGUCUAUACAAUUCCAGCGGAAGUUUACACAUGCGGCAGUCCACAAUUCAUAGAACAGAUUACCUCGUUGUUCCAGGGGAUACAUCGACAAGGACAAAUUCCCCAAGACUCCAAGGGCAAAGGCACCCGGCAAUUCUAAAAAAAUCACAUGAACAUUUCAUUCUUAAAGUCGCAGGCAUAAUAUUCGUCUACGUCUACCGAAGUUGCCUGAAUGCGCGUCAGGAGCGGGAAAUUUUUCCAAAAAUUCAGUGUGGUUUCCGAAAAUACCGCAGAACCGCAGACAUGGUCUUUGUGGUCUGCAAACAGCAGGAACUGCCCAGAAAUGAGUAUCAGCCUCCACACAACCUUCGCGUCCUGACGAAGUCCUUCGACAUAAUGAAUCAGGAUGGACUCGUAAGAAUCAGGCUGAGACUCAGACGUCCUGAUCGGCAUACUCGAAUGGCAAAAUAGCUAAAUGAUGGGAUGACGACUUAUGUCAUGGAUAGUGGGAAAUCUCUGGGACAUUCGAUGUGUUCAAUAGGUCUGCAUAUUCGCUCCCACCCUAUUCAGUCUCAUUUCCUCUAUCUUGUUGAUGGACGCCUACCGUGGGGAGCUGUCGGGGAUCGACAAUGAUUACCGAACCGACGGAAAGCUGUUCAACACCCGUCACCUGGAAGCAUAUUCGAGAAUAGUCCAGGCCAGCGUUCACGACCUACUGUUCGCGGAUGACUGCGCUCCAGACACCACAAUGGAGAAGGACAUGCAGCGGAAUGUGGACCUCUUCGUUCCCGGCUGCCCCAACCUCUGUCCCCCCAAUCAACACGGAGAAGUCAGUGGUCCUGCAGCAACUGGUGUCAUAUGCUGA